AUGAAAAAUUCUUUCACAGAUUCUUCAGAASUGUCGUUUGAGCUGGAAAUGCCUGACAAARUCAACCCCAUUGAUUUGUCUGAUUCAUCAUCCAAUAUCUCGGCCCCUCUUCUCGCAUCCACUCCAGUUCCAAAGYCUGAUCCGAAGCAACGUAAUAACAAGGGUUCAAAGCAACCCUUUAACAACAGUGUGGGCAUAGCACUCUUUGACGGCCACAGAUCAAUUGGAAAGGUAAUAGGGGAAGAAUUGCCGAAAUUUGGAGAAAUUGGAWKGCCACCACCAUUCAGAAAAACAGUCAAUAUAAUGAGGGAGUUUCUACUUAACAAUUGUGGGCACUUUAGACUUUGGACAACUGGAAGCUUACAAUUUCAAAAAGCGUAUUUCAACAGAGUGUUUGGUCUUCACGAGACAAAGAGCGCGAGUGGAAAGAUAUAUCUUUAUUACAAGGUAUCAGAGCUAUCAGGUAGAUGUUGGGAAUUGGCAUGCACGAUUAUGGAGAAAAUAGAAAACGGGUCUUUCCCAGCGGCAUUACAAAGACGGAGAAAAAGAGUAGCUGGUCAAGAUAGCGAUGAAAGGCGCGUUUUACAGUCGCACUUUCAGUGCUUGUCAGGGAAAGACCCCAUUAAAGAGGAGGAAACCAUGUUCAAGAUUCUAAGUGGGUAUGCAUGUGGCGAGAUACCAGAAGAAUUCAUCCCGCCUACCAAAAAAAGACAGAAUGUUGAUCCAAAUGACUCGCUGAUAUCAAAAAUAGAUGAGCUUACACAGAGACUCCAAACAGUAAAAGACAAAAACAAAGAAAUUAUUACCGAAAAUAAAGAGCUCAAUAAGACUGUAGCAAGACUACGGAAUGAUAUAUCGCGUUGUAAUGAGGCAAUUGAAGUGGAAAAAUCAAAUAAUUCGUUCCUUACCACUUCUCUAGAAGAAAAAGAGAGACUCCAACGUGCAUUAGAGCGUGCUGAAAAGGAGCUUAAAAAGCGAAAAUCAUCGGGGAAAAAAGACGAAACCGGUGCUAAGCCCAGGGCUACGAACAAAGAAAAGGAAACAGUAAACACCGCAGAGAAACGUCUUGAGCAUAAGGUUGCUCACAAUCAAGACAAAAUCGACAUUGGAGUUUUGGAAUCAGAGCUCCAAACAGACAGUGUGCAGAGGAGUCAUGUCACUGAGGACCCGGYAAGAAAACAGUUAUGUAUGUUCCUAUUGAAAUGCCAUUCAGUACUUCAUUUCUAUUUAUUUCUCUCACUAGAAAUCGGCUACAAAAAAAGAUCAAACCGAAGACACACCCGCUUUAGAAGCGGAACCAUCGCAUGAAGAUGAUGUCGC